CCUGAUUGACAUUCUGUCAUUGUCAUUGUUCAAUGUUUGCUGUAAUUUCAUAAAAUUGAGAAGUGGAAUUUAUUUAGCGGAACAGCUAGUGCGAUAGUGUGAAAUGCUAAACAUUUUCCGCGACAGCAGACAAUUUUUUUUUUGAAAAAAGUGAUUAGACAAAAACAAAGAACUAGAGUACCCAAAACUGAUAGAGAAAAAUGGCAGUCUUACCAAGAAGAAUAAUUAAAGAAACUCAACGUUUAAUGCAAGAACCAGUGCCAGGAAUUAGUGCAGUCCCUGAUGAUAGUAACGCCCGCUAUUUCCAUGUUAUUGUUACGGGCCCUGAGGACUCCCCUUUUGAAGGGGGCCUAUUUAAGCUAGAACUUUUUCUACCCGAAGAUUACCCUAUGUCGGCCCCGAAAGUAAGAUUUAUUACAAAAAUAUACCACCCAAAUAUAGAUAGACUAGGUAGAAUUUGCCUAGAUAUUCUUAAGGAUAAAUGGUCUCCUGCACUUCAAAUACGUACAGUGCUUUUAUCAAUCCAAGCCUUAUUGAGUGCACCAAACCCUGAUGAUCCCCUAGCAAAUGAUGUUGCAGAACUAUGGAAAGUCAAUGAGAUUGAAGCAAUAAGAAAUGCUAAAGAGUGGACACGUAGAUAUGCUAUGGACAAUUAAAUUUUGCUUGUUGAUGGAGCAACAUAAAAUUAAUUAAGAGUUUUUAGGCAUCAGGUAGACCAGACUGGCAUAUAUGUAUGUAGUUUCUUUUUUUUUUUUUGAAAAUAUCGGUGAAUUUUUGUAUUCACAUUAUUCACUGUUAUAUUCCUGGGUGUUGAUAAAGUUAUAGACCGUCAGCUAUUGACAGAUUUUGAUGAAAAUAAAAGUAAAUUUUCCAUAUGUCUAUCAGUCGUCCGGUCGCUAAAUUUUAAUUUUUUAAGCUCAGCACUAACAUAAUUUUCAUUGGAAGAAAUCUCCGGAAAGAGAAAAUCGGUCAGCAAAAUCUGUCACUAGCUGACGAUCUUUUAGUUGUCAUUUGUUGGAUCAACCUGUUGGAUAUAAAAAUACACCAAUAUUAUACUGUAAAUUUGUGUAUGCAGUGGUCUCCAUAAUUUCAUGUAACAUCCAAAGACCCAAGCUCCUAUUGGAGACCCUAAAAAAUCUUUAAUGUCACUUAAGAUGUAUUAAGAAUACUGGACUUACCAAUUACCCCAGACACCCCAAAUAUAUCUAACAACAAAAUUUCAAGUACCGUUUUUUCUUCCUUCCGAAAGAUCGCCUUUACAAUGUAAUUAUCAAGGGUCUAGACAAGAACCAAGACCUAUUUGAGGUCCAGAAAGAGCUUGAGCAAUUUGGCUGCUCCCCAAGAAAAAUCAAAAAGUUCAAGUGAUCCCAAAAUUUAUAUUUCUUAAUGGUUUUUUGCCGAACUUAAAUUGUAAGUAUCUUAAAUCUGUUAUCAGGUGUUUUGAAAUGGAGUUUUCUGAUCCACAUUUUAUUCCUGUUUGACUUAGCUAUAUGAGUGUACCAAGACAUUGGGAUGAAUAAGUGAGGAAUUUUUCCCAACAUUGGUUUUUCGUGAUUUGGAUUUGACUCUUGAGAUAAGGUUUGUGAGUCUAUUGGGUUUGAGUUGGAUGAGGGGGUCUCUUGUCCUGAUAGCUUGCCUUUUGAGUCUUCCACUGUGAAAUUAAUUGCCACAUAGUGUGUGGCAGAGACAAGAUAUUGUUGACUUGCUAGCUUCUAGGUUUAGUUGUAAAAUUUAAUCUAAGUUAGGUUAGCUUUGUCAAUAAGAUUUUUGUAUUCUUGGACAAUAAAGCAUAUUUACUACUACUUACUACUACAAGGGAUUAUGAUGUUGAGAUUUCUUCAGUAAAUACAGGAUUGCAUUUUCGAUUUCAAUGGUUGUGUGAGAGAAGCAGGAGGUUCAUAGUUUGCUUUGAGUAGAGGUUUGCAUUUAAUUAGUAAUUAUUGAAUGUGUAGGUGAGCAGGUUAUCGUUUCGGAAUUCGAUUAGGUUGUGCUCUGAGCUCUGUAAUGUAAUUCGGUAAUUUUCCAAUAGCAGGCGUUAGAACCGUUGUUUAGUCUAUGAAGUUGUUGUUCACUUACUAUGCACUAUAGUGAAUCAUCCAGGGUGCAAAAAUAUAUUUAUAUAAAUAUCAAAAUAUCUGAUAUUUUAUGAUAUAUAUCGGGUAUAUAUCCAGUAUGUGAUAUUUAUGAUAUUUUCAUAAAAAGUUCAAUAGAAACCGAAAAACAGAUACUUGAAAUUUUGUUUUCUUAAACAGGAAACAGCUGUGAUGUUCAAUUUCAGAGUUACGAAAAGCGUUUUGGCGUCUGAUGGUUACUUACUGGUUAUUGUUAAUUGCCUCAAUAGGUAUUCUAAUAAAUCUUCUUUGAACUCUUUUAAGCAUUUAUACUAUGUCUUUGAUGUAGUAAGGAUUCCACACUGGGCAUAAUCCAGUGUAGCUCUGACAUAUGUUAGGUAUCUACAUCUUCCUCAAUGUUUGACUUGUCUGAGAAAACUUUUUGAAUGAAGUACACAAGGGUCUUCACUUUUUCUAACAAUUUGGGUUAGUGUGCAUCUCAUUUUAGUGUGGGACUCCACUUCUCACUGGUCUCGGUUCAUAGUAUCGGUUGUCUGCUCUUACUUGGUUAGAUAAUUACAGUCAGCGGCCCCUCCAUAAAUGCCAGGAGGUUUCCCCCGACCUCAAAGUGUUUCAGCUUGUACAGAAGGCGCCUGACAGGUUUUUCCUGGUGCAAGUAUAGUAUGAUGUCCACUGAAUUUCGCUGGUCAAACAGCUUUGUCCAAUCAUUCACAAAUUCGAUGAAGUUUGUUGUUGUUGAUGCAGGUCAGCCUUUUUUUUGUCUCUCCGCUGAUGGUAGGGGUGAGACUGUCUACAGGACGGCGUCUUGGGCCUUCGAUCUCCCCUAUGUUUAGGACUGCAGGUUGAUAAGCUGCAAGCCCUUAUGCUUAUCGGCUGCACUCCUGUCCAUGAAUGUAUUCUGGAUUCUCUGCGAGUAAAGCUCAGGGUAAAGUUGGACGGUGGAUGGGUAUUCGAGUUGUUUGCCGCGAUGAGUUCUAAUUGGGAGGCUCAUGCACCGUUUGGCAAAAGGUUGGGAAACUAGUCGUGUAUAAUGUAUGAUGUUGCGUUUCCACUAUCGUUCACCGACGUUAACUGGGUACAAGACUGAUUGCUACACCGUCGUCCGCCCUUAAUCCUGUGAAGGUCAACUCUUCGACUUCCAGGAGAGGAUGGGUAGGUAUACUAACUUUCAUCCGAGCUUUAGUCACUUUCAGACGAUGUUUUGGUUGCAGAAGAAAGUCAGGGGAUGCACCAAAUUUGGCAUAAAAAAAAAGACCAACUGCUCAUGAAAACAGAAGCAACCGGUCCAGCUCUUUGAAAGGUUCAAUCUAUUUUUCGAUCCUGCAAGGCUCUGCUCAAGGAACAUAAAAGCCCCCAUUCAGUCAUUUAUACAUUCUUAGAAUUUUGUUGUAUUUUCUUUCAAUCUCGCCAAAAGUGAAGUUCAAAAACUGGUGAUUUCUGAUCCUAUUAAAUUAAACAUAAACUAUUCAUAAAAACAAAAACUGCAUGUAAUGAAAUCUAAAGAAAACAAAUGUGAACUGAAAUUUUGUUUUUUAAGUAGCAUUAUGUUGUUAUGCAGCCUGAAAGAUUUAUUUGGGGUUUCAAUAAAAUGCAUAUACAAUAUCUAUCAUAUAAGUGUUUCUAUUAGUGUUCUUUUUUUUUUUUUUCUAGGAUUUAUAUUAUUGUAUGUUUAUAGUUUUAAUAUUGCGACAUUUCAUUUUGAUUCUUUUUUUCUGAUGAAAAUACAUUUAAUUUGUUUUUAAAAUUACCAGUCUCUUCAUUCUGUAUCCCUAUUUAUUAAGAAAAUAUUCCAAAUCACCACUAAGGUUCUGACCUCAGAAGUUGUUUUACAAUCAAUGUACGAGUGCUAAAAUUGAAACAAACUGCAAGAACUCUAUUGACCGCUUCUGGGUUCGAGUUAAAGUGGCUUGAUGACUUCAUCAUGUGUGAGGUUCGAUGAAGUCUGGUUAAAAGUUUGGGCAUUAAGAGCCUUUAGAUGAUAUGAUGUUUGUUUCAAUUCAUAUAGUGUCCUCUAUGGUGAAAGUUUUGUUUCCAUAACUCCAUUUUUAUUUUCAAUUCCUGGAAAAACGACUAUUUUUAAGUGUUAAAUAAACUCUUCAUUGUUUGUUUAAAGGUAGUAGGUAAUGUUCCAAUGGAUAAAAAUUUUGGAGUCCAUUAGUCUUUGAUUUAUUGUCACAACGUUUCGUCUUUCAUCUGCAGGCCUUAUCAAGCGAAUUACUAUUAUUAAGCAAUACAUACGUAUUCAGAAACUUGUGACUUGGAAUGUUUAAAACCUUUAAGUAAAUAACUCGGUGAAAACAUGAUUAUUCUUCCAAAAAUCUGCCUAAGCCAGUUUGUAAUCACCCGCAAGAUUAAAUUGACAAUUGAUUACUAGUUGGAAAAUUUUGAUUAUUGAAGGUAGACUUGUCAUGUUCUUAACCCCCUUAGAUUUAAGGAAACUGUCGCAAAAUGUUUUUAAAAAAAUUAUUCUGCCUCUUAUUUUAUUAUUAAGAUGUGGUCUUAACAAUUAUUGGACGAUGUUCACUAUUUUACUUUUUAAUUAUAUUUUUCAUAUUAUAUUAUGUUUCUACACAUUGUUCCAGAAUACAAUUUUAAUUUUCUGUAGAGAUCUUAUUUCACACUAUGAAACAAGAGCUAGAUUUGCAGAAUGUGGCCUAACCUUUUUUAAAGGUGUGUGAAAUUGGCCCCACAAAACAGGCAAUUUUGCAUCAAAGAAAUGGCCAUUCGCUUGCCCAAGAUGUAAGAUGCCUAUAUUCAUUCAUUGUGUGGUCAACUUCUCAAUCCUUUUCUCUAUUCUAAACUAAAAUAAAAACUGAUAAUUAUUCAAACAAUACCACUCUGAAAUUCUUGUCUCUAAACCAGGUGACAUAGAAUAUAUCCCUCUCAGAAAGAAAAAUGACACAUCUCAAGAAAUAUAAUUUUUUUUCAUAAAAAAAAAACACUUUUAAAUGGAAAAAAAAAUAGUUUCAAUUUCAAAAAUGUUACGGGUGAACUUACUGAAAUAACUGUUAGAUGCCCCAGUGACCCUUAUUCUUUUAAAACCUAUGAGAGCUAACCUCGAACGUCUGAUAGAAGUGAUCAGGUACUAAUUUCCUAUUCAUUUCGAUCUUACCUAUUUUUUCAAAAGAAUACACCAGAAAAAGUAAUAGUGUAUUAUUCUCCAUUCCUAAGUUUUCUUUAUCAAAUUUGAAAUACAUAAUUUUUAUUUAAAUGAAGGGAAGCGUAGCUAUCUUAGAUCAUUCUGAAAUACAUGAAAAUUUGGAUUUUUUGAUGUGUCAAUUUUCUUUCGGAUAAGCAAUAUACGGUAAUUAGUAAUAAAUAAAAAAUAAGCAGAUAAAGGCAGAAGAUUCCUCCCUACAAGGUUUUGGAUUUUGUUACUUUUUAAAAAAGCAUGAACAGGAAUUCGUGCUUUUUUAAUGAAAAAGUGGAAUCGGAGGAAACCAGGAGUUGGCAAAAAAACAAGUUUUUGUGUGCAUCGGUUAGGUUCUUGUGUUUUCGUUUGGCGUUUUGUUUUCCAGUUAUAUGAUGUGAUGGUGUUUUCAAUGUCUAACCUCAUUUUCCUAACUUUCUAUAGUUUUGAACAUGUGCUUCAAUGUAAAUUGAGUAGUAAAAUCGCCUACUUCUAGUAUCCUUACCGUUUCUAUUCUCCCCCAUUUCGGUUAUAGGCAUCAACAUGGUAUAAUUUUUGAAUUUUCUUAUUUUUGUUGUUGAAAAUAUCUGAAGAAAAACCGACAAAAACAGAAAAUUCAAAUAUGAAAUCACUAAUUUUGUGGUGUGCAAACUCCCUAUUGUUGUAAUGUGGUUUUGUAUAGGGAUUUGUUUGCCAAAACUCCGUUUUUCAAUAGAUUUUUUAUGUUGCCACCCUAAGAAACGCUCGCCCCUCAAGUAGAGCUCACAAUUUUUUGCUUGGCAUUGGAAAUGAAUUUUUUUUCGUUAUUGGUAUAUCUACCUAUUUACCUACCUAAUAUACAUUUGGUGUAAGCUUCAGUAUAUUCAACUCAGUGCUUAGUCACGUUUUAUAAAAAAAAGUUGGAAUGUAGUUUGUUGUAAAUAAAGUUGUGUGUAAAGCUUUUACAAAUAAAUUUCUUUCAAUAAUUGAAUUAGUG